UACACCUGUGAGUCACUUUCCAAGAACACGAAGGGAUAGUGUACAGUUAACUACUCUUGAGUGUGCAACAUGACGUUGCAUCUGGAAGCAUCGCUGCCGUCUUCAGAAACUUUUCUUGAAAGGGGACGCUCAAAUUGCGACCAUCAUGGGCCCAGUUCAGGCAGUUGUCAGACUCAGGCGCUCUACAGAUUGAUGAUGGCAGCCACUUUGAGACGACUACCUUUCACACGACCGAUUCGGACGUUUUCAUCGGCUCAACCUUUGAAUAAUGGCGUGCUGGAGAACACUAGUUUACUCCCUCCAUUAGGGGACAACCAUGGACAACCCCAACAGGAUGAGCAGCCCUUUGGCCUCUCCAAGACCCAUCCAGGUGGCCAUGCUUGGAGGCCCUUAACCUUGAGAUUAUCUGAGCGAUACAAACUUAACGGGUGCCCGGCUGCCCUUUUGCCACCUACAAUAGUCCUUAGAGGCUUGGGCACUUUUCCUGUGCAGACCUGCAAGUACAGCGGGGCCAAAGUCAAUUAUCCCGCCAACAAUCUCCUCUCUGCUAAAGACCAUCUGAAGGGUCAUUCAUACCCUGACCCCAUGGUGGGAGCCUCCCAUUCUUUUCUCCAAAAGAUAUCUGAGUUGUCCUCUUUGGAGGGUGAGACGGCGAGGUGUGAAAAGCUUAAGAAAACAAGGGUGUCUCGAAAAGCCUCAUCCUCUUGACAAUCACUGCUUCCCCAGUCAAAGUGGUACAGAGGAGAAACAGAUUUUGAGAUGAUGCCACGGAUGGGUCAUGGACUUCAAAGCUUGAGGGCACCCUGUUCAUUUAAGUGGCUCUUCCUCUCUGCUAUUUUGUCUUCACUAGUGCUAGUUUUUAGCCUGACGUGGUUAGCUGUUACAUUCUGUCAUUUAUGAAUUUUUCCUCUGGU